AUGGCUCAAGUUCUUAAGGGACAGCUCAAGCAUAUCAAUGCAAUAGAAGGGAUGAGUGAUGCUAAUGAAGACCCAUCAAGAGAAUGCAUGGGAGAUUUCUCUAAUGAAGCCAAUGAAGAAGAUGUGAACUACAUUGGAAACUAUGGGAACAAGGGAUACAAUCCAAGCUAUCGCCCAAACCCCAACAUGUCUUAUAGAAACCCCAAUGUGGAGAAUCCUCAAGACCAAGUGUAUCCUCCAAGGUAUCCACAACAACAAAGACCUCCUUACCAAUCUCAAGGAAGUCAAUUCCAGCCAAGGCAAGGAUAUGAGCAGAGAUCAUCAUAUCCGCCCAAGGAGCCAUAUGCUUCUUCACCAAAUCAAGCUCCUCCAAACCAACAAGGUGGGAGAUUUGAAGGAAUCCUCCAACAGAUCAUGGAUGGCCAGAAGAGAAACAACAAAGAGAUGUAUGAGAAGAUGGACACUUUGUUCAGCAAUCUCAACACCAAGUAUGAUGCUGUUGCCACUCAUGUGAAGAAACUAGAGACUCAAGUCACUCAAACUAUGGAAGCUGUUAAGAGACAGGAAGCUGAAUCCAAGAAGUCCUUUUGCAACUCAGCCGCCAUAGAAGAAAGAUUUGAAGACCAAGUUCCAGAAUGGAUGCUUUCAAAACCUACUGUUGAUUGCAUGAUUUGGCCUGAAGAGAUUACCCAGAGAGAGAGUCCAAUCGAGCUAGAAAGAGAAGACUCUUCCCAAAGAUUAUCCCCAAGACUGAUAACUCAGGAAAGAGCCAAUGUGAACAUCAUGUCUAAGAGGAUAGCUGACAAGAUAGGCCUCACCAAGAUACAGCCAUCAUCCAUCUCCAUCAACUAUGCUGAUUCAUUCUCACAAACCCCCUAUGGCUUUGUGCCUAAUGUGAUGGUGCAGAUUGGAAAUUGCUCUAUCCCUACCGAUUUCCAGAUUGUGGAAAUGAGAGAGAGUAGCCAUAGACCUCUCAUAUUUGGAACCCCUUUCCUGUCUACUGUGGGUGCCAUAUUUGAUUUCCCCAAUCAAAGAAUCUCUUUCAACAAGGUGAACAAGGGUAUGUUCUUCCCUAUGUGUUCAACAAAGAACUCUUUUGUUGACAUGGUCCAAGAGGAGAAAGUUACUUUGAAGCCACCCCAAGAAGGAGAAACUGAAGAAACAAUCAAGGAAGAUCCCAUUCCUAAGCCCAAGCAGCUUGCCAAACAAGCAAGGAGUAAGACUAAGGCCCCUACACCAAAACCGCCCAAGGGAUCAACCAAGAUUGAAGAUGAGGCCAAGCCAAGAAGAAGGUUAGAAAACCUAGGCAGUAGUGCCAAGGGACAUUCAUGGAGAGAUUGUCUAUCCAGCUGUGAAUCACCCACCAGAUACUCAUUGCAAGGAGAAAAGACUUGGAGGAUCAAAGAUGCCUCUUGUCUCCAUCUUCUCCUGAGUGCCAAGCCUUACAGUCAAGCUAAAGACUUAAAACAAGCGCUGCAUGGGAGGCAACCCAUGAGGAUAGAAGGAGAAAAAGGUGUGAAAACACAAUCCGCGCCAAACAUUGGCCGCGGACGCGCAAAAGUGAAUUUUGGCCGAGCAAUUUCCAUUCGGGCCGACCACGGUCGAGCCGGGAAGGAACGGCUAUGCUCGGCCGGAUUAUUUAUCGCGCGAAAACCGUUCGCGCGGCACGCACGAACCGGGAAGAACAGGCCGCGAUCGGCCGAAUUUUCGUAUCGGAACGGACCGACCGUGCCGGUCGAUCCGGGAAACAAACGCUCGGCCUCGGCCGAAAUUCUCGUCCAUUCGAAUUUGGCCGACCAAAUCGCUCGACCGCGACAAAAUCCAUCGGCCAUCGGCCCAAAAUUUUCUCGGCCAAGGUACACAAUGGCAAAGACAAAAGGAAAUGAGAGUAUGAAGAAGAAGAAGAACCCAUUCAUGGAACCACCAAAGAAACAAAUCAAGCUAGGGAGUAGUAGCUCCAAUGCAAGAGCAGCAAUACCAACUUCACCACAUUCCAUUGAUGCAAUCAAGAACAUGUGGAGAGUCCAACAAGAGGAGAAGAUGAUUGGGCACUUGUAA